AUGGUAUUGACACUCCAGGAAAGACCAACCGAAUCGACCGAUAAAUUUCCAACUGCACAGCUAUUCCUUCUAGCAAUAUGUCGCGUGGCGGAGCCGAUCGCCCUCACCUCAAUCUUCCCAUACUCCUGGGUGAUGGUCCGGGAUUUUCACAUGGAUGAUGGCAACAAUGCUUCUUUCUACGCCGGUAUUCUUGUCUCGGCCUUUUCCUUAGCAGAGGCCCUUACUGGUAUGUUCUGGGGCGCUCUCUCCGACCGAAUCGGACGCAAACCAGUACUCCUUUCUGGUUGCCUUGGGACCAUGGCGUCUCUCCUUCUUGUUGGGUUCUCCACCAAUUUCUGGAUGGCACUCUUCGGUCGUGCUCUUGGAGGUAUACUAAACGGAAACAUCGGUGUCAUCCAGACCAUGGUUGGCGAACUCGUUAAACGGCCCGAACAUGAACCUCGCGCGUAUGCUGUAAUGCCCUUCGUUUGGUCGAUUGGAACAAUUAUUGGGCCAGCCAUUGGAGGUUUGCUUGCAAAGCCCGCUGAAAACUUCCCCUCUGUAUUUUCCCAUCACGGCCUAUUUGGCAAAUUUCCUUACCUACUCCCGAACCUGGUCUGUUCUGUGUUACUUCUCGGCAGUAUUAUCUUUAGCUGGCUCUUUUUGCAAGAGACCCAUCCUGAUAUGCAACCUGGGGGCGUUCCAGAUCACUUGGACAAUACUUCCGCCGAACAACCUCUUUUAGCCACAGCGGGUGCAACCACAAAUGCGGCUGUUGAUUUACGUGCAGAAUCCUAUGGCACAUUCAAUCGAGUCCGCCUCCAUGAAGGUGAUGACGCUUGGAGGGGAGAUUCAGACGGCUCUAAAAUGGAGUCUGAUUCACAAAAACAAGCGGCUUUUACCCAUCGAGUUAUCAUGCUUGUUGCAGCACUGGGCAUCUUCACUUACCAUUCGAUGACCUACGACCAUCUGUUCCCCAUCUUCCUACAAGACCAACGCGGUGACUACGGCUCAAAUCGUGGUGGCAACUCCACUUUCAGCUUCCCUGGUGGAGUGGGCCUUUCAACCCGCGCUGUCGGUUUGAUCAUGUCCUCCGAUGGUGUCAUCGCGCUCAUAAUCCAGGGGAUCAUCUUUCCCGCCUUGGCCCAAUUUCUGGGGAUCUGGAGACUCUUCAUUGUCGUGACCAUCCUUCAUCCUGCAGCGUAUUUCAUGGUCCCCUUUUUGAUCUUUUUACCCUCUCGAUCCAUAUUCCUUGGCAUUUAUACAUGUCUGGUCACUCGGAACAUACUUUCAAUCAUUGCCUACCCGGUGCUUCUGAUUCUUAUUAAACAGGCUAGUCCCUCAGAUUCGGUAUUAGGCAAGAUCAACGGACUUGCUGCGUCUGCCGGGGCUGCCGCACGCACUGUUGCGCCUCCCAUCGCCGGAUUUCUAUACAGCACAGGAGCAGAAAUGAAGUGUACCGCUUUGGCAUGGUGGGGAAGCGCUUUGGUGGCAAUGAUUGGAGCGUUGCAACUCUGGUUCAUGAACCAGAGGAAGCACUCGUUUAUCUCAGUGGAGCCAGCGACAUGCUGUCACUUUGGAAGGGCCAAAUCUCCGGGACAGAAAGAGACGAUUCGAAUUGUCGUGACAAACGUUGAUGGAGUCACAGAAAGUGUAUGAAGGCAAGAGAACCCUUACGAUAUGAUGAAUAAUGAUAUAGAGUUUGUUCAAGGUGAUUUUUUGCUUCUUUUGGUUUUUGAGUGCGGAAAUAUCUAGGAGAUUUAUAAUGUUAAAUAAUACAAUAGAA